AUUGCUGUGUCAAGUCCCAGAGAAGUUUCUUCUCUUCCAAGCCAGACUAAAGCACGCGAGUGGAAGGAGUUGGCAGGCAGGACGGGGCUGCUCCCUGCGGAUGGGUUAAGAGGUGCGCUACCACGCAGAAGCCAACCCGAGAGAAGAGGGAUCCGGGUUAUGGUCACUGCUGCUCCCUUACCUCUGAGGAGAAAAAGUACCGAGUGAGCGGCGGAAAACCAGAAAACCGAAAUGUUUUGCUUUUGGAGAACUUCUGCCCUAGCAGUGCUCUUAAUAUGGGGGGUCUUUGUGGCUGGGUCAAGUUGUACUGAUAAGAAUCAAACAACACAGAACAACAGUUCAUCUCCUCUGACACAAGUGAACACUACAGUGUCUGUACAGAUAGGUACAAAGGCUCUGCUCUGCUGCUUUUCUAUUCCACUGACAAAAGCAGUAUUAAUCACAUGGAUAAUAAAGCUCAGAGGCCUGCCAUCCUGCACAAUAGCAUACAAAGUAGAUACAAAGACCAAUGAAACCAGCUGCUUGGGCAGGAACAUCACCUGGGCCUCCACACCUGACCACAGUCCUGAACUUCAGAUCAGUGCAGUGACCCUCCAGCAUGAGGGGACUUACACAUGUGAGACAGUAACACCUGAAGGGAAUUUUGAAAAAAACUAUGACCUCCAAGUGCUGGUGCCCCCUGAAGUAACCUACUUUCCAGAGAAAAACAGAUCUGCAGUCUGUGAGGCAAUGGCAGGCAAGCCUGCUGCACAGAUCUCUUGGUCUCCAGAUGGGGACUGUGUCACUACGAGUGAAUCACACAGCAAUGGCACUGUGACUGUCAGGAGCACAUGCCACUGGGAGCAGAACAAUGUGUCUGAUGUGUCCUGCAUUGUCUCUCAUUUGACUGGUAACCAAUCUCUGUCCAUAGAACUGAGUAGAGGUGGUAACCAAUCAUUACGACCAUAUAUUCCAUACAUCAUACCAUCAAUUAUCAUUUUGAUCAUCAUAGGAUGCAUUUGUCUUUUGAAAAUCAGUGGCUUCAGAAAAUGCAAAUUGCCAAAAUUAGAAGCUACUUCAGCUAUUGAGGAGGAUGAAAUGCAGCCUUAUGCUAGCUAUACAGAGAAGAGCAAUCCACUCUAUGAUACUGUGACUAAGGUGGAGGCAUUUCCAGUAUCACAAGGCGAAGUCAAUGGCACAGACUGCCUUACUUUGUCGGCCAUUGGAAUCUAGAACCAAGAAAAAAGAAGUCAAGAGACAUCAUAAUUACUGCUUUGCUUUCUUUAAAAUUCGACAAUGGAAGGACUACUUGGAAAUUAGCUCUUCCAAAGCUAUUAAAAAGCACAAAUGUUCUAAUGAAAUUGCAUUUAAAUUCUAUCAUUGGAAGUUUGGAAUCUCUGCUGCUACCUGUUAAUUUUAGGAAGAACUGAUUUAAUUAUUACAAAGAAAGCACAUGGUUAUGGUGAAAUAUCAAGUUGUGCAAUAAAGUAUGAUGAAAACUGAGUUUCCUCAAGAAAUAACUGCAGGAGGAACAAUCAUCACUAAAGAAUUUCAUGUGAGUUCUUACAAAAAAAUUCCUAUGUAUACAUGACUAUGGUAUGUGUGUCCAAUUACAUGUUUAUUUACAAAUGUGUAUAUAUGCACACAUUUGCUUUUCAGGACAUCUCCUUGUAAAAAACACACUGGAGUUUUGGAUUUAUAAAAGCUUAUAAAGUGAGCAUUGGAGAUAUUUUUAUAUCAGCAUAAGUAAAUCUACCUCAUUCUUUUUAAUGGCUACAUAGAAUUCUCCUGUAUGAUUACAUUGUAAUUUAAUUAAUCAUGGCCCUUGGAUUUUGUGUUGUGUGUGGUAUUAAACAAAACCAUGUAGAAUA